AUGAACAGAAAACGAAGCAAAAUUGUGGAGGAGGUAGAAGUAAAUGAAGAUGUCUGUGGCUUGUCCAGCUUUAAAAAGCAAAAAAUAGAAAUGACAGUGGACGAGUACGAUAAGUUCUUGUUAGGAAAGAAAGAUGGUAGAUUCAGGCGAACUGGAAAAUGGGAAGGCAUGCAUAAAGGAAUAGCACAUGAAUGCUGUGAUCCCGAAUGUGCACGAACGUGGAAGCCGCCACCCAUACAAUGCUUGACAGACGAUUAUUACUGUCCGUCCUGCGUACUUCAUCACCGGAACAAUAUGAAUCGAUUCUCGGAUGAAAGAUUGAAAUGGACAGCGGACGUACCAAAUACAUUCUAUAUAUUUUCUCUUGUUGAUCCACGGAUAGAAGCAAAAGGCAAAACUGAAAUGUCCCUGAUUAAAUUUGGCCGCACUCAGCAUGAGAAUGCUUUGAAAAGAUAUCCUAGAUCAGAACUGAAAAAUUACCAAAUGAAACUCUUGUUGAGUUUACGUGGAAAAUUAAUUACAAUGACCAGAAUUGAAAACUGGUGGAAAGAACAAGCAAAAGAAAAAAAUUUGUUCAAGAGGUUUAGUAACAGUGAUUUUCAUGGACAAACAGAAUGUAUUCUAGUCAGUGAUAAUGAUUUGGCACAAUUGAUUACCAAAUCAAAGGAAAUGGCAACUGUUGCAGAAGCAGAGAUUGUAGUACCAAAUGUGGAGGAUGUAGCUCAGUUCUGUAAUAAUAGUGCUUGA